UUUGACGGAGGGGAAAUCCCACCCCACUCGCAGACGGCAGCUCGUGCUCAAAAUCAGUCCUUUUCCAAACUUCUGCUGUCACUAGCAGUCGUGCUCGCGAGUGCUUCAAGUGAAAUUUUCGAUUCUUUUAGCCGAAAAAGCGAACACCGAAGGAACCAGUUUUACGCUGUUCCGGAAUCAACAGAGUCAUAUCAGCAACAGCCACCCCAUCCUAGACAAACAGACCAUGAAGACUACACAGCUGGCCAGAUACGCCAUCCGAUUAAACUAUGGACAGGUGAAUGAGCUCGCCAACGCCGCGUCCGCCGCCACCGGUGGCAAGUCCGCCGGCAAGAACACGGUCAGAUCGGCCGCACUGCUGGCCGCCCUCGGCAUCGGUUUGUCCUCGUUCAGCAUGAAGCAGAUGGUGACCAAGCAGCCCAAGAGGAAGUACUAGGAAAUUCUGGAAAUGGCGCGCAACAACCGAAGCUCUUCGAUGCGCCGCGGCGGAACCUGUGAAUGAGUAUGAGUGCGUAAUCGUAACCCCCCCGUGCGAGGAGAGAGAGUGACGAGAGACUGCUCUGGAAUGCCUCCCCCCCUUAAGCUGUUCUUUUUCUUCUGUUUUAUUUGUAUGAGAAGGAUCAUCUGCCGAUAAGUAUGAUAAAUUAUUGCGUGUGUUUGUAUGUUCUGUAUGUGUGUGAGUGCGGAGAAAGCAUUUGGGAAGUACCGAGCUUCUGCGGUUCGUCCACGGUGUUAGAUGAGAAGAAAUUACCGGGUGGUCGAUCGUUCCGAGUUCCCAUGGAGACUCGAGCUGGCGAGCCGGCCGACCCACUCUAAAAACGCGCGAUUUAGCUAGCUUCAUAUUUUGUUUAGCUUAUUUAGAUACCUAGCAGCAGCUGAUUUUCAAAUUCUUUUAUUUCAUAAGUUUAGCCCAAUUGGUGGUUUCGCCAGCGUAACUUGGUUGCGACAAUUAUUCUAAUACACAACAAUUAAAACAAAUGGUUCGAGUUUUUCGGCUUACAAAGCUUCGAAUUUACCAAAAAAUAAAAUUCCAAAUUUCAAGUAAGAAAUUGGGCAUCGGGAAGCGCACGGGAAUGUGAAACAAAAUGAUAAACGUAAACAAUGCAAUGCAAAUCAAACGGGAUUUUCUCUACGGAAUAUGUUGAAUUGAGCAGUGGAAGUGAAUGAAGAAUGGAAUAAAAGAAGAUUGUGAUUGGCUUGAAA